AUGGCUGAUUGUCCUUAUGACUUUUGUUCUGACUGUUCAGACUGCGAUAAAAUGCAGUGUGGUGAAAACUUCGAUCCUAACGCUGGUAAUUGUUGUGCUUGUUUUGGUAAAAAAAGUGGUGAUCCUAAUCUAAAAAGAAAACCAUUAACUUUUACUCAAAAACAAAGAUUACACUUUGAGCAGAUUAAAAGGCAAAUGGAGGACUUAAUUGAGGAAAUUAAAGAUAAAGAGGAUAUCGAUGGUAUGCGAACGGCUAAAGAAAUUGAAGAUAUGAAAAG